UGUUGGGUCGGUGCAGAGCUGUCAUUUUUGCUAGCCAUUAUUAGCCGCUCUUUUGUCAUGCCAGCCUGUCACCUCACAACACAGAGCUGUUAACGGGUGCAUCUCUUCACAUAUCCACACUUGGGGAGGAUAGAAAUCUGGGCGGAUAAGCAGAAGAGUGAGAUGAAAUGACAACGUCAACAUUACAGAAAGCGAUUGAUCUUGUGACUAAAGCCACAGAAGAAGACAAGGCGAAGAAUUAUGAGGAGGCCUUGCGCCUGUAUCAGCAUGCUGUGGAAUAUUUCCUUCAUGCCAUCAAAUAUGAGGCCCACAGUGACAAGGCAAAGGAAAGCAUACGAGCGAAAUGCAUGCAGUACCUGGACCGAGCGGAGAAGCUUAAGGACUACCUGAAGAAUAAAGACAAACAGGGCAAGAAGCCUGUCAAGGAGGCACAGAGCAAUGACAAGAGUGAUAGUGACAGCGAGGGUGAAAACCCAGAGAAGAAGAAGCUGCAAGAACAGCUUAUGGGUGCUAUUGUAAUGGAGAAGCCCAACGUCAGGUGGAACGACGUGGCUGGGCUGGAGGGGGCCAAGGAAGCUCUGAAGGAAGCCGUCAUCCUGCCCAUCAAAUUCCCUCACCUCUUUACAGGCAAGCGGACUCCGUGGAGAGGCAUCCUGCUGUUCGGUCCUCCAGGGACGGGGAAGUCAUACCUGGCCAAGGCCGUGGCCACAGAAGCCAACAACUCCACCUUCUUCUCUGUCUCCUCCUCAGACCUAAUGUCCAAGUGGCUGGGAGAGAGUGAGAAGCUGGUGAAGAACCUGUUUGACCUGGCUCGCCAACACAAACCCUCAAUCAUCUUCAUUGAUGAGGUGGACUCACUGUGCGGCUCCAGGAAUGAGAAUGAGAGUGAGGCCGCCCGUCGCAUAAAAACUGAGUUCCUGGUCCAGAUGCAGGGUGUGGGGAACAACAACGAUGGUAUCUUGGUGCUGGGAGCCACCAACAUCCCCUGGGUGCUAGACGCUGCCAUUCGCAGAAGAUUUGAGAAGCGUAUCUACAUCCCUCUGCCGGAGGAGCCGGCUCGGGCUCAGAUGUUUCGUCUCCAUCUGGGCAACACGCCGCACAGCCUGAGCGAGGCCGACCUGCGGCAGCUCGCCCGCAAAACAGACGGCUACUCCGGAGCCGACAUCAGCAUCAUCGUCCGGGACGCUCUCAUGCAGCCGGUCAGGAAGGUCCAGUCUGCCACACACUUCAAAAAGGUUCGAGGUCCAUCCCGAAGCAACAACCAGGUGAUGGUGGACGACCUCUUGACUCCUUGUUCCCCUGGCGACCCUGCAGCCAUAGAGAUGACCUGGAUGGAUGUGCCUAGUGAUAAGCUACUGGAACCCAUAGUGUGCAUGUCGGACAUGCUGCGCUCUCUGUCCACCACCCGUCCCACAGUCAACACCGAGGAUCUGCUGAAGGUCAAGAAGUUCACAGAGGACUUUGGGAUGGAGGGCUGAGAGAUAGAGCUCCACCCCCCACCUCGCCCCACCUCCACCUGAGUCCACCAGAAGGGUCAAACUGCUCCCCUCUGCUCAUCUCUCCCCCUGCUGCUGUACCACCCUGUAGACCUCCAUCCCUCAGCUCAGCGCUUGGUUCACGGCCUCUCGUGGA